GGCGGGCAGUGGCGGGUGGUGGGUAGGGAUUGGCACGGACCUCGUGACACUUUUCGUGCGUUUUGAAGGAUCGUCGUCGUCGUCGUCCGAUUGCCUCGCACUGCUCACACUCGAUUAUGCUGUAUAGACACGUAGACACGCGUCAGCAGUAUGAACGCGUUCCUACAUACGCUGCUAGUGCUCGCACAUCUCUUACAUAGCCUGUACACCGCGAUCCGUUACGCGUGCGACGCAAUGUAUCGGAGGUGCACGGAGCCCUGGUGCCCAAGCACGUCGGCGGAGCUUAACACGCUCGUCCGUACACUCACCACCCACAAGAGGACACCCAGGCAUCUGGUGAUCGUGCUUGGACUGUGCGACGAGUCCGUCCUGGACUGUGUGCGUAUAAUUGGAUGGUGUAUUACACUUGAUAUACCUUACAUCAGCUUCUUUGAUCGUAAUGGUUUCUUCAAGAAAAAUGAAAUCAAUCUUAAAGAAGAAUUCGCGAGAAAGCGGCCUGAUCUAGUAGAGCAUAUUAUUUGGAAUCCACAAGCAAAGGCACCUAGUCAAAAUGGAGUAAUUGGGAGCAAGUCGAAAAUAAAUGUAUCAUUGCUGUCAGAUAUAGAUGGUAAAGGGAAAAUAGUGACAUUGACACAAUCAUUGGCAAAAGCUGUGUCUUUGGGGAACCUUGACCCGGAAGAAAUUACGGACGAAUUAAUCACCGAAAAGUUGCAAAUAAAAGAGAUACCCGAUCCCGAUCUCGCUUUAAUAUACGGUUACACUUGUUCUACGCAUGGUGUUCUACCAUGGCACACGAGAACAACCGAAUUUUUAAUGCUGCCGCUGUACGUUAAUAUCUCAGUGAAAGAUUUUACGUGUCUAUUAGAGAGAUAUAACAAAUGUGUACAACGGUAUGGUAAAUGAUAUGUAAUUAUUCUUAUUUAUAUAAGAGAUACUGCGUUUCAGUGAGAAGAAAUAAAUUAUCAUAAAGACUGAA